AUGCAAGCGGAUUAUAAUAGGAAAUAUAUGGAGCAUGCUCUGAAAUUAGCGCAGCUUAAGAUACGAGAGGUUCCUGGGAUGCGAGGUGAAAACGAAUGCGAAUCUACCAGUCAGAACGAACUACAGGAUCAAGUGGAAGGCCAGUCCCCUAAUCUGCGUUUGGAUGUGCAACAGGGUCUGCACCUGGACGCUCCACCGGGGCAACAAGGUCAGCCGCAACCCCAACCCCAACCAGGGGCCGACUCGCGUAGAUGUGCUAUUCAACUGGAGGAAGGUCAUCAGCCACAGCAAGAUUUUCAACAUUCGACUCCGCCACAAAAUGAUGAUGAUGAUUAUUCUGCACCGCCACAAUCAACUACACCUGUUGCCGCGGCAGGAGCGUCUCGAGGAAGAUCCAUCUCGUCGUCAGGUCCAUCCAAGCUACCUGUAAGAGUCACCAAAGGUAAAUAUUCGCUUACAGACUUUGAAAUAGUGCGCACAUUAGGAACAGGGUCAUUUGGCCGUGUUCAUCUGGUUCGAUCGGUUCACAAUGGACGAUACUAUGCGAUGAAGGUCUUCAGAAAGAGUCGUGUGGUUUCUGCAAAACAGAUAGAGCAUACAAAUGACGAACGACGAAUCAUGGCCAUUACUCAUCAUCCUUUUAUUACCAGAAUGUGGGGUACAUUUCAAGACUGUAAAUCGAUAUUCAUCAUUAUGGAUUACAUUGAAGGAGGUGAGUUGUUCACCCUUCUUCGUCGGUCCAAGACAUUUCCUAAUCAAGUGGCAAAGUUCUAUAGUGCUGAAGUUCUUUUAGCAUUGGAAUAUUUGCACUCUAAAAACAUUAUUUAUCGAGACCUUAAGCCUGAAAACAUUCUAUUGGCUCGCUCUGGUCACAUCAAAUUGGCUGACUUCGGCUUUGCCAAAGAAGUUGAAACUAACACCUAUACUCUUUGUGGCACUCCCGAUUAUAUAGCGCCAGAGGUGAUUGCCUUUCAACCUUAUAAUAAGGCUGUAGACUGGUGGUCAUUUGGUAUCUUAAUCUUUGAGAUGCUUGCUGGAAGAACUCCAUUCUAUGAUGCUUCGCCCAUAAAAACAUAUGAGAAGAUUACACAGUGUCAUGUGUACUAUCCAACAUCGUUCCAUCCAGAUGCAACUUCACUGUUAAAGGGACUUAUCACUAAGGACGUCACUUAUCGAUUAGGAAAUUUGAAGAAUGGUGUCGAUGAUAUCAAGAAUCAUUCAUGGUUUAAAGAAGUGGUAUGGGAGAAUUUGAUUCAAGGUAAUAUAGAGACUCCUUAUGAGCCUAAUAUCCCUACGGGGGUUGGAGAUAGCUCCCAGUUUGAUGUUUAUCCUGAGGGAAGUUAUGACUAUGGUACUACUGGUAUUAAGGAUGAGUAUGGACAUUUGUUUCCUGAUUUUUAG